CCGAUGGGAACUUGCUCACGUUGUGGGAUUUGGAUAGACAUAGAAUUCACGUUCUAGAAGUAGUUAGUACUUUUCGUAGGAGACCCGCAGUGAAUCAGUGAUCCUGCCGCGCGGUUUUUUCAAUUGAGAAGGCGAGCUCAAAUCUUCGUUGUUGUCGGCAGUUGAUGCGAUGCUAGCAGUGAGGAGUUUGGAUAAGUUUUCGCAGAGGAGCACGUUCUUUUUCCAUAAACUCGUUCCGGUAAUGGCAAAUUUGGAGGAACCACAAGGUGUUACCAAACCCUCAAGCAUUGGAGCUGAUGCACUCGAGAGGCGCGAGGACACAGGAGAAGCAUCCUUAUGGAGAAAACAAAAAAGGUUCACAUCUCAAGGAGAUACCGUAAAUGGGGCACUUGCAAGCCGGAGUUGGAAUUAUCAGUCACUUGGUAAUGCUCGCAAUGCUUGGUGUUUGGUAAAUCGUCAUUAUAGCUCCCAUUGCAAUGAUAGGUGCACAGGGGAGCUUUCUAAUAAGUUUCUUAGAAGUAUUCCAGAAUAUAUAAAGAUAGUGGAGGUUGGUCCUAGGGAUGGACUGCAAAAUGAAAAGCAAAUCGUGCCUACUUCUGUAAAGGUCGAGUUGAUAAAAAUGCUAGUUUCCUCAGGGUUGCCCAUUAUUGAGGCUACGAGUUUUGUUUCACCGAAAUGGGUACCACAGCUAGCAGAUGCCAAGGAUGUAAUGGAAGCAAUUCAGAAUGUUGAAGGGGCUAGAUUUCCUGUCUUAACUCCUAAUGUUAAAGGUUUUGAAGCAGCUGUUGCAGCAGGAGCCAAGGAAGUGGCCAUCUUUGCUGCAGCAUCUGAAUCUUUUUCAAAAUCCAAUAUCAACUGUAGCAUUGAAGAGAGUCUUACUCGUUACCGCGAUGUUGCCCUCGCUGCUGGCAAGCUCUCAUUUCCUGUUCGUGGAUAUAUAUCAUGUGUUGUGGGGUGUCCAAUGGAAGGAAUGGUAGCUCCAUCUAAAGUAGCAUAUGUGGCUAGAGAACUUUAUGAUAUGGGUUGCUCUGAAAUAUCACUUGGCGAUACAAUCGGUGUUGGUACCCCAGGUACUGUCAUUCCAAUGCUUGAAGCUGUUAUGAGUUUUGUCCCAGUUGAUAAGCUUGCUGUCCACUUUCAUGACACUUAUGGCCAAGCUCUGUCAAAUAUACUCGUAUCCCUCCAGAUGGGGAUCAGCACAGUCGAUUCAUCAGUUUCUGGUCUUGGGGGCUGCCCAUAUGCCAAGGGUGCAUCUGGAAAUGUUGCAACUGAGGAUGUUGUGUACAUGCUAGAUGGGCUCGGUGUGAAGACAAAUGUGAAUCUCGGUAAGCUCAUGUUGGCUGGGGAAUUUAUCUCUAAGCAUCUGGGACGCCCAUCUGGCUCAAAGACCGCAAUUGCCUUGAGUAAAGUCACAGCUCGCGCCUCCAAGCUAUGAGGUACUAGCUCUAGACCAAUUUACACUUGCAUCUUCCCAUUCCUUAGACAAGUCUCUGAGCAAGCAUCCUACCAUGGGGAUUCCAAUAAAUAAAUUGUAUUGCCACGUCACCAUGUUUGGCACUACGGUUUCCUAGUACACGUGCUGUUACAUGUCUAGCAGACAACCCAAAGAAAGAAAGAAAAAUGAUGUAUAAUGUCAUAUAAUGAUAUAAUAUUCUUUCGUAA